CCAUGUACAUUGCACCAAAUCCGCUGCAAGCUGGAAGCCCGUCCUUAUCUUCUCCCUCAAAACCCUCUCGAUUCAAAUCGAGAUUCUUUAUAUUCUCCUUUCGUUUUUCAGAAAAAACCCUGAGGGGAAAUCAAUCAUUGAUCCCGAGCUGGAUUCUUUGGCGAUGGACGGCGGCGCGACGGAUAUGCAGAUGCUUUGCGCUCGGAUGUACCACAAGCACCAACCCAGAGAGCAUCAGUGCUCCUCCGCCCUUGUCAAGCACAUCAAAGCUCCUGUUCAUCUUGUUUGGUCUCUGGUGAGGAGAUUCGAUCAGCCGCAGAAGUACAAGCCGUUCGUCAGCAGGUGUGUGAUGAAGGGUGAUGUCGGAAUCGGCAGCGUUAGAGAGGUAGACGUCAAGUCUGGCCUCCCUGCUACCACGAGUACCGAGAGAUUGGAACUCCUUGAUGAUAAUCAGCAUAUCCUCCGCAUCAGAAUCGUUGGCGGUGACCACAGGCUUAAGAACUAUUCCUCAAUUGUCACGGUUCAUCCAGAGAUUAUAGACGGGAGGCCAGGCACAGUGGUUGUCGAGUCGUUCGUGGUGGACGUGCCGGAGGGAAACACCGUUGAAGAGACCUGCUUCUUCGUGGAGGCUCUCAUAAGGUGCAACCUCAAAUCUCUGACCGAUGUCUGCGAGAGGAUGGCUGCUCUGGACAAGACAGAACUCAUCGACCGCUCUUGAUUCCUCCUCAAACCACUGCACAAACGAAUCCAGACCGGUAAACUAAUCAAACCCUAUUCUGUUUUCCCUUUGCCUCGGAAUAUAUAUACCUGUGUUUGCCAUUGUAGAGUCUGGAGCUUUGUAGCUAGUUUAGAGAAAAGGUUCAUGACUAGUUUCUCCAUGCGAGUAUGGUGCUGCAGCUGCUGUAUUUACUAGGAAUUUUCCAUGUACCUAACUAUUUCGGUGGUUCUGUUCUGCUGUAGAGAAUUGUUGACCAAAAAGUUGGCAACUUUAUUUGCAGAUCCGAAUGUUGUUCUCCAAACAUUUUGUUUUUUUUUAUAUGUACUUGAAAAAUGUGUUGGACUCGGACAGUUGUAUAUAUUUACUAAAUACACAUAUAUCCAGAAUA